CUCUCUCUCUCUCUCUCUCUCUAUCUCUCUUGCUUUGCUUUGCUUUGCUUUCCUUUCUGCUAAAGAGAAGCAAAAUGGGAGCGCUUGAUUACCUCUCCAACUUUUGCACUGUUACCAGCACAAAGGGCAAACGCAAACCAAUGCAGACAGUUGAGAUCAAAGUCAAAAUGGACUGUGAUGGCUGUGAAAGAAGAGUAAAAAAUGCUGUCACCUCCAUGAGAGGCGUAAAAUCAGUGGAGGUAAUCAGAAAGCAAAGCCGAGUAACUGUGACAGGGUAUGUGGAUGCAAACAAGGUGUUGAAGAGGGUGAAGAGUACAGGAAAGAGAGCUGAAUUCUGGCCUUACAUCCCAUACAAUCUGGUUUCCUAUCCUUAUGCAACUCAAGCCUAUGACAAGAGGGCACCCGCUGGCUACGUUCGCAAUGUUGUGCAAGCUGUUGGCGUGCCUAAUGACCCAGAGGACAGAAUCACCUCUCUCUUCAGCGACGACAACCCCAAUGCAUGUUCCAUCAUGUAAUAGGCUACCUAAUACCUAGCGUCUUCUAUAUAUAAAUAAGUAUAAAAUGAAGUGAGAUGAUGAGUAAAUGAGGAUGUUCUAGUGUAUGGCUAUAAUCAGAUCAUAUGGGGCUCCAUGCUUUUUCCAGCCUAAAGCUAUAUAUAUGUAUGUCAGCUGGGUUGAUUCCCAUUUUUCUAAUGAUCCAUGCCAGUCUUCUAGACAA